GGUAACUAACACGAGGUGUUUCUGCAUCAUUUGGAGGGAACUGGUGGCCUAAAGAAAUAAUGGCUCAAUGCAAGAGCGAUAAGACCCGUAGCUUGGAGGAAACGCUUGCAAAGCAACUCUAUGAUCUAAGCAAUAGCUUCUCUGAAGAGGCUAUUCAAAAUUCCUUCAACAGAACACACUCUUUGGGCUACAUAAAGACACAAGAAGAGUACAAAAGGGAUAGAGAAUUUGCAAUUCGUUCAUUGCAAGAGGUCUCACUACCAAAGAGACUUGAUAUGCAAUGGAAAGGAAUGGAGAGAGAAGUACAAGCAUGUCUAGUACCAGAAGUAACCCCCAACUCAUUGCCACUCCACCUGCAUCAGUUUUUUUGUGUGCGACUAAGGCAACUGGCUUAUCUCAAGCACAAUCUUCAGCUCCAGUGGUCAAGGUUUGCUAUGAGGGAAACUAAACUAGUCCAGCAAUUUCAACUUCACUAUCACCAGAUUAUUGAGCACAUUCUCCAAGAGUACAACAUUUGUCUCAAUCAAGCUAGGAAGUUAUCAGUAGCAGUUGAUCUUCACAGAGCUGGCAAGCCGCCUCCCCUUCAUCUCAUAUCAGAACAGCAAGUAUCGUUAUACCUCCAUUGGCUGGUAACUGUAUUCGCUACAACAAGGGACCUCACUGCAUUCCUAUCAGACAUACAGCUAAUGCCGCUAAUGAACCAAGAGCAACCAGAUGCGCCCAAAUAUAAACUGCCUGUACUGACGAGGAACAGUGCUAUUUGGAAUAACCUUAGGACUAAAAUAAGGCGUCUUUCUUCCGCUCAGUCUCCCAACCUUUCAGUGGCUACUCUACCUCAGGCAUCUAACUCUCACACUACCCUAUCGGUACCCUCCGUACUGGGCUCUAUUAAGAAAGAGACCACACCCCCUGGACAAUUGCCGCAAAUUAAAAAUGAUCCAAGUUCCAUUAAAGAAGAACUGAACGAUUUAAUGGAGAUAUACUCAAUACCACGUUCUAGUAAUUCUGAUGCUACGUCAGAGAGGUUAAAAGUAUUCUAUUUAGUGCUCGGGUCAUUUCGUACAUUAUUCCAACAGCAAGUAGACUCGGUGACUCUUAAUGUGUAUGACACGCCACCAAAGAAUGCUGACAAGAAAAGGUCAUCUCCUUCAAGCUACAUCUUUAGAAAGCUGUCAAACUGGACUGAACACAUUACAUUUAGAUCAAAGCCAGAUGAUAUACAAGUUAUAAAUUAUAUUGAAAUGAAAGAUUCUAUUCACGGGAUUGACCCAUUGCUAUUGCUCUGCAGUCAUUGUGUUGACAUACAAAAUCAAGAGAAGGUGCUUUAUGCUCUGAGCCAGCAUUAUGAGAAGAUUGUAGAGCCACCUCAUGUCAAAGCAACAUCUGUUUCCUCACAUAAAACUGAGCAGGACCCACUAUUAAUAUGGAAAUGUAUUUAUACAGCUGUAGACAUGAGAAACCCGAUGAAUAAAGAAGAGAAAUCUACCAAGUUUACAUUAAGUGAUAAACGUAAAGAUAAUUUAGGAAUGAACAGAGGCAAUGUAGACCUUAACGAUGCUCUGAAACUACUCGACGAAGAAGAUGGACACAAGAUUAGUGCUAAAGCAGAGAGUCUACCAAGAGAUUACUUGUUUGCUUACAUCUUAUUGAGACAUUUGAGGAUCAGGGACACAAAAUAUAAGUGUCUGUGUAUUAUUAACUACUUCUGUUCUGUGGAGAGGACCUUAACUCUUAACUCAAUUGGGUUUCCAUCUGAUUUGGAAUCAACUCAGUUUAAUAUGGGCAUCAGUCCUCAUCUCUUUAAGACACCAGCUGACUUCAUUGUCAGUGAAUCAGAUUUCAUGCAAUACACUGAUAUUGAUAAUCAUGAUGACUACUAUUCCUUUGAUAAUGUCUCCAAUAUAUCAGUUUGGGAUCAAUCGGGGAAGCUCAUAAUGUAUGACCUUGCUGAGAAAAAGCUCGCCGAACUGGAGGAGUUUUUGCUAACAAUAGCAACUUAUUACAUAGAGAGAGAAGUAGCUGGAACUGAUGAAAAUGAAGAAGAGUCUGAUUCUGCUACUGCUGCUGUUCCUCCUCCUCAAACUGAUGAUGUUGAUUUGAAAUUAUUAUCCCAACAAUCCGUCGAUAGGUUCACAAUACUGCUUGAUCUCUGGAACUCGCAGGCAGAAUUUAUGGAAGAGAAAAUGAAAUUGGUCACUUUGUAUCUUGAAGCAUAUCACAGCUGCUAUGAUAAAAUGGAGAGAGAAAAACUGACACAAGUCAUUGUUGAUAUUAUUGGUUUGAAGCCAAGGCUAAACACUCAAACUAAAUAUUUUACUGUUACAUUUCAACAAGAAAGGGACUGUCUUAUUGCACAUUAUGAAGCAGUUCAACCAAUUAUAAAACAAUUGUUAGAUAAAGAGAGAGAUUACAAUCGGACGCAUUGUGGGAUUGGCCCAAAAUUUUAUGGACUGCCUCCUCAGAUUUUAGACAAGAAGUUUAUUAGCUUAUCUGGCUAUUUGAAGAAUGACGUGAAUCAUUAUCUGUUGGAGUCAGUGAACAGCCUCUCUUCAGUGUCCUUGAUACCAGCACUCAUUGAUGAUGCACUCAAAAUGAUUGUGGGUUUGGGUGCACUGGAAAAGAUAUCAAAUGUGAUAAUUGCUCACACUCAAUUGUGGAAGAGAGUCAAGCAGACGUGGACGUCUUUGAAACCUCUUGGAGCAAAAUACAAUGAGGACAUACAAAACAGGUUCUUUUCCUCUGUGUUUUUGGAUAAUCCUCACAAUAUUGUGGAACUGUUGGAGUUUCAUUUGACCCAGACAAACACAAGGCAUGAAACUGCAACGCCAAGUGAAAAACUAACGGCAAAACUUCAAACUUACUGUGACAUGAUUCAACUAAUAACUUCAAGACAUCACUUGCUUCUCUCAUGCCAGCAGUGCUCAUCCCUUCACUCCAUCUAUCAGAGGCAGUCAGCUCAACUUGAUCAAGAAGACUCUCAUCCUUACCUCCGCUCUGUUCCGAUAACACUACAACAGCAAACAGACAAGACUCUUAACGACUUUGUAAUGGAAAUAAGAAAUGAUAAGAAUGAAAAUAUUGAUGGUUUUAAGUUGGACAGUAUGCAAGCUGCUGUGCAGGAACUGGACGAUCAGCACGUUGGCUGCUUUAGUCUCCGAGCAAAAGAAGAUGUCAUGAAAAUAUUAAUUAGUAAAAAUGGUUUACAUGAUUUAAUGAUUACACUCCAAGUUCAAGUUGCUAAUAAAAAUGCAUUAUUAAUUGUGUGUCAGCAAGCAGCUGUUAUCAUACGGUACACAGGCCCUCUUUUUAAAGACAGAAAGUUUGGUAAUUUCUCUCAAAUGGCAUCGGCUGCUUCUCAGCAUGCAGAACACAUUCAGUUACUGUAUCUGUUGACAGGAUCCUUCCUUUCGCUUCAAAAGGAAAAGAGGCCAGUUCGAGAUUAUAUGCUCUCUCAGUUUAAUUCAUCUAAUAAAGGGCAGUCGGAUAUUAAUGCUAAAAAAUGUUCACUCAUUAGUAUAUACAGUAAUGGGCUGAUGCUGUCUAUCUCAAGUUUUUCACUCAGACAUCAAUUAUGUAUCGUGUACGACAGGCUAGGCAGAUUGUUAAAGAGAUACAUCAAUGCCAGGGACUCUUAUUUUGUAAUUGGCAGCAUAACAAUACCAUCACCAGCUUUGACACUGGAACAAGCAAAGCUCACCAAAGGUCGAGUGAAAUCAUUUCUCUCUCACGAUGGAAAACAUUUAUUAAAUUUAUUUUACCUUCCACAUGUCUCUGAGAUAUUAACAUGCUUUAGAAAUUUACCUAUUAGCGAGCAAAGGGAUGUUUUGAUGACCUUUUUGCAACUAUCAUCACUACUGUUAUAUAUAUUAAUGUAUUACAGUGCCACAGCUAAAUUAGGUAGAAUGUGUGACAGUACGAGUGACACUGGACCAAUGGCAACUGGUAAAGAGAGCAUCGGUGGUGAUGUACACCAAUUGCAAUAUCAGCUAGGAUUGUUGAAGAACCCUUCUGACCCUAACGAAGUGCUAUCAUAUCUUAACCAAUAUUAUGACGGCUUGCUAUUGUCACACGAUAUUGUGGUGAGGCACUGCUUGAAAAGGACUGUAUUAUCAUUUGAAGAUGGAAACAUUGAUGUAUUCAAUGAUAUAUGUAUGCCUAGUUUAAAUAGACUUUUGGUGAGGAAUGAUAGACCACACCCACUGACACACCCACUGCUGUAUAAUCCGCCAGCUGAUAAAGAAACUGAUAAUGUAUCAAUCAGCCAACACUGGAGCAGUGCUGGUGUUGGAUUAAUACCUUCAGGCCCAACUCUUGAUGUUUUGUCUUGUGUGUACAUAACAAUAGCUCCACUGAGUCAGACUGGACGUCAAGCAGCUAGUGGUGAGCUAUUAGCAAUGUCCCUGCUACUAGAAGACGUUUUAUUGACGAGUGAUAUUGCCCUCCAAUCCAAAUCAUCUCAAAAAGCACCUUCAACGAUAACUCGUCUCACUCAAUCAUCGAGAUCCCGUCAGGGGACCCUCAGGAGGGCUUCCUUAUUAAGCCCUACCUUUGACCCUCUCUCUACCGUCCCGCCUCUCUCUGCUAGUAAAAUCGUUAAUCAUUUUCUUGUCAUUACGACGCAAAUGGAGCAACUGAGGGAUGCCUGGGGGUGUGGCCUCCUGGGUGUGGUCAAUAUUGCCACACACAAGCAAUCGGCGCAUGUUGACGAGCUGUAUCACAGUCGAGUGUUUUUGGUUGCUAGGAGACUGACGGCAAGACAGGAAGCGAGAUCAUUAAUGAAGCUACAAAGUGAUAAAGAUACAGUGGAAGGUUCUGGAUCUUUGGCUACAAUGUUGACUGAGACUGACAUUAGUUGGGAAUCAUUGGAACAAUCUGAAGGAUUGAAUGAACUCCUUCUAAGAGAAACUCAAGGCUCUAGGUUGGCGGAUCUGUUGGAGCAGCAGUUGUUGCAUGAUGAGAUAAAGUUUGUGAACAGAUUGAUACAACUUUGUAUCAAAGAACAGCAAAGAGAUGGAGAAACACUUCACAUUGAUUUAUGGAAGAAAAGUUCAAUGAAGGACAUUACUGGCAUUCCCAGCCCUCAAAUUGUUGAUAGUUUCUUGCAGUCUUUACAAGACGGAGGAAUGAUAACAAAACCAUCACUAGUUGAAAUACCAGCAGCUCAUUUUGAUAAGUGUAUCUGUCAGCUCCAGUCAGCAGUACUAGCAAGAGAGAAAGAAUCCUAUUUAUUAUAUGCUUCUUUCUACGAGUCUAUCAUCCAAGGCCUUUAUUACCAGCUGCAUUUAAAAAAUCAAGAAGUUGAAAGUCAGCAGAAUACAAUAAAGUUUCUAAAUGAUCAAACUUCUGCCGAAAGUCUUAUCACUAUGGCAACCCAAACUCAUGGACUAUUGUUAGAGAUUACGGCAUUGAGAGUAAAGGUUAAGCAAUUAAAAGAACAAUUAGAUAAACAGGAGAAUAGACUGAGGGAAGAGAUACAACAAGAGUAUCAGUUAAUGGUCGAUGAGCUACAGGCAUCUAGCAUUUCAAUAAAAGAAAAAUAUGAGCAAUAUCGACAUAAAUUGUACAAUCAAAUUGUUGGUAAGCUGUACCAAACGAGACAAACUGUUGCUAGCAGUCUUGCAACGUUAGAAGAAAAAAUAGAAACAGGAACAGCCAAAGACCAUAUUGAAGAAGUUAAAGGAGCAGAAAAACAUGAAAUACAAGAGGAAAAUGCACAACUUUGUAAAACACUAUUGAAACUAAAGUCACUUUAUCACUGGAAGAAGAGACAAGUGGACUAUCAAUCAACAAGACAGGAGCAUUUAUUGAAGAAGGAAUUGGAUGAGGCUCAGAGUCUGUUUAUUGAAUUAAAAAUGAUGUCAGAGCAAGAGAAUGACAUGCUAAAACAACAAGUACUGACACUACAAAAAUGUUUAACCAAUGAAGAGAUAAAGUCUGAAGUGCUAAGAAAGACAUUGGAAAUAGAGAGACACAAGAAGAUUACUGUACAAAGAGAAGUGAAACCAAAGGAAAAAGUUGCAUCUAAAUUUGAAAAAAUGCAAGAUGCCAAAAUAAACCAAUUGAAUGAAGAGCUUGAGAGCAAAAACCAAAUGGUCUCUAUCUUGCUAGAUUACCAAGAGAAAGAGAAACAAGAACUAAGGAAUGACAGAAUGAAACUAACAAAAGCUGUUGAAUCUGCUAGACAAAGAAUAACUUUGGAGAGAAAACUAAAAUUAGAUGCUUUCCAUCAAGUGGAGACACUAAUAAACGAAGUACAUGACUUGGAGCAGCAACACUGUCAAACUAAAUCAUCAAGUCUCUAUUCUGGCUCAUUAUUUGCAAUGGCUAAACUUAACUAUCCUUACACUACAGCUGGAGGAGGCACAGCUGCUACUGGUACACCAACAGCUUCCAUGCACUCUUUACGAAUACAGAGACCUAAAUCACAACAGGGACGUUUAAGAACUCAGACAGAUUCAGACGAAAUGUCUUCUUAUCAAUCGCAAGAAAUAGGAGCUCUAAGAAUAAUCUAAUUCCCAAGCCCCCAGCAAACACUUUUUUCAACUACUAUCAAUUAUUUUAAUAUCAUGUGUAAUUACCACUUUUGUCAAAACUUUAAUUUAUUUAAAUACAA